AUGUUGGUGGAUAGUUGUGAUCAAUUUCUACAGGAGCGGCAGUUUACGGGGACUUCGAAUGCCUCCAUGAGGACUAAUCUCAACGACAAGUUGACCAAGCUGCACGUCAAGCAUCAGGCUGAAAUAGACUUUCUUGAAGACAUGAGGAGUUUCUCGAAGCAGAGGUCUACCAUAGAGAGAGAGUACUCUCAGAACCUCCUGAGACUGGUCCAGCAGUUCCUCGCCAAGAGAGACAUCAAGGACCCUCCCGGUAUUCCUCCAUGGACCGCUCCGAAAACAGAGUUUUACUUUAUUUGGAGGUUCAAUGGAGAGAAAGUUGUAGGGCUGAUGGAGAUAUGGAAGAUGCUGCUGCAGAAGACGGAGGAGGCCGCGAGGGCCAGAAUGAACGUCUCGGAGAUGCUCCUCUCUCAGGUCUCAGAGGAGAUGAGGCAGCAGAAGAGGAUCAAAGAACAGAGCUUUAAGAGACUGAUAGAGUCGGCACAAAAGAUGAACAGUGAGAUCCUGGAGUCUGUGAAGGAGCUGGUCACAUGUAAGAAAACGUAUGGCGACCAUGCAAGGAUUCGAAAGGGCGACAGAAAGCUGUUCGAAUCGACGCAGUCUCUGGAAAAGACUUACAACAAGUUUGCAGAGAGACUGAAGCAGUGUCAGAUGAAGACGACGGUCGCCAGAAACGACUAUCUGCUUGCCAUCACCACGACCAAUGCUCACCUCUAUAAACACGGCUCAGAAGACCUUCCCGCCCUCAUGAGGGCAAUGGAUGGCGAGAUGUACGAAAAAUCUCGCCACGUCUACAUGCUCUAUGCCCAGAUCGAGGCCGACGCUGCCAACCUGGUCAAGGCCCAAUUUGAAGACCUCCGAGAACAGUCUACAUGUUCUAAACUCGCUCCCUCUGCCUACAGCUGGGGACCGGCCAGUGUCCAGUCUGCUGUCGGUGACUCAGGACCUCGGAGCUCCGAGGAGUGGCUGGAGACGUCGUCCCAUGAGUUCUCGCUCGUCGAGGACGGAAUGAGUAUUGGGUCUGCUCGCAGCGAGGCCGGCCCUAAACACUGCGUCGCUCUCUACGACUACACAGCCCAGAGACCAGAUGAACUGUCCAUCAAAACAGACGAGGAGCUGGAGACCUACGUCCGUGCUGUGUCUCCCUCCUCCUCACCUCGCUCGUCCUCCAUCCAGCAGGUCCAGCUGAUGAUUAACUCUCAUCUCACUGGCCCGCUCCAAGACCUGGGGUCAGAGAGUCUGCACCAGGACGUGGAGAUCCUCAAUGGGACAGGUCUCAGUAAUGGAGACACCGACACCCUUACCCACAUCCCUUCCACAAACAGAGAAGUUACAGGAGUCACCAUGUGAGGGCACUCUACGAGUACACAGGUGACGACGAGGAUGAAACUGACGUUCCCGAGGGGGCGGAGCUUGAGCUGAUCAACACGGACGAGGGUGUGGACGACGGGUUCUGGAGGAGGUACCAGGGGAGAGAGGGAAUGUUCCCUGCUGUAGUGGUGAGAUCAUAUCCAAUGGAAUGAAUCACUCUUCAUCGUUCUGUGAGUCUUUGACGCGCAAUUCUAGACUACACCUCGUCUCCGCUCCCCAUUACCUCCCCUCCCCCUCCUCCAUGGGACCCUCACCAGUCACCCUCCACGACACCACACCCAUUACAAGCUCCACCCAUUACACCUUUGUCCAAGCUCCACCCGACGUCGGUGCAGCUCAACUCGGCACCGAGGGUCAGAGUUCAGCCAAACACCCCAGAGGGCGAACUGGAAAGAACGUGGAGAAAUGACAGUUUUGAAGAGUAUGACGAUGAGGAAGAUGAAGCCUCAUAUGUGUAGUGGCCCCACCACUUUACUAGGAUUCAGUGAACAUUCACUAGUUGCAACGUCAGCGAUUUUGUUUGUUUGUGUCUGUGUGUACAUCAGGUUCUGUACACGCAUUCUGCUCGUCGCACUUAAUUUGUGUAUGUUGACUUAUUUCACCAGAUCAUCACAGAGGUUCAGAUUACAUGUAUAUGCAUGAUUAUUCAUCACUCAGACAGGAUUUUGUCAGUUUAAAAUCAUUCUCUUAUUGUUCACCUUUGUUCUAGCUUAUA